CUCAGGCUUCCUGUUUCACAGGCAUUGAGCCCUGUUACUUAACAGCCUGAUUGAAACAUCCUUUUGUGCAUGCUCCUUGCUUUGGCAUGGAGGCAAGCAGAUCAGAAAUUUCUGCAGCUGAUGAGAGCGAGGAAGUAACAUAUACUUCUCUCAAAUUCUCUCAGACUCCUCCAAGGGCUAAAGCUCCACAGGAAAAAAAAGUUCCCCAUCUGUGGACAGCAGUUCUGAAGGGCUUGGCCAUAGGCUUUGGGACAUUGAGCAUCUUCCUGGCAAUUGUUUUGAUUUGGAAGAUGAGUGACUGCCACCCACACUGCCCUCAACAGUGGAUGGCCUACAGAGGGAGCUGCUAUUUUUUCUCCAAGGAGAAGAAGGAUUGGAAUUCCAGCCAGGAAUCCUGCAGGGCACAGGGAGCUCACCUCCUGGUGAUCAGUGACACCUUGGAGAUGGAUCUAUUCAAGCGUAUUCAAGCAGAAUGUUUUUGGAUUGGACUGAGGAACAGUACAAGCUCUGGAUGGAUUUGGGAGGAUGGCUCUGUAUUAAGUGAUGCCAGGGUCCACUCUAACAGCCAUGUGCAAAAUUGUGCUGUCCUGAUGAAACAUCAGUUUCGUGCCUCCAGCUGUGAAGUUUCAGCUCCAUGGAUCUGUGAGAAAGCACUUAGAUAAAUCCUAUGUGCUUCUUCAUCUCACAACGACCUCAUCAGUGGUAUUAGUUGAUCAUUGUCCUGCAAACUGAAGCUUCACACAAGACCAAGGACUUGCCUUUUCCAUACCCUCGCUAAAGUGUUUUACAAGGACAGGUUUGUUGUCCAUAAGGGUGUAUUACUCUCAGCAAUAGAUCUAUUUUCAGUGUUAGAUUACUGCUGUUUGUGACCAGAUGAGACCUGGGACAUAUUCCCUGGCCUACUCUUUCCCUUAUUUAUCCUAUAAAGGCAAAUAAAAGCUUUGUUACAA